CAAACUGGUAUAUAUUGAGGUGUGUUCCUCGUCUUUUUGCUCUGGUUUUUGUUUGCAAACACUUUCUCUUCAAUCUACAGUCUACUUCGUCAAUCCUUCUACUUUCUACAUCUGCGUCCACAAUGAAACUUUUAUCUUCCAAAUUGACUUCGGUUAUUCUUCUCGCUAUUUCUGCUGUGCUUCCUGCUGUUGAAGCAUAUCCAAUUCCCCAAUACCACAGAAGAGACCUGGUCAGAUACAAAAGAAGCGUUCCCAACUUUCACGCUCAAUAUACUGUUCCUCCAAUCUAUGAAAAAAUUUAAGCUGGCACAGUCCAGAACUCCAGCUUGCUAUUUUUUUCAGUUCAGUUCAAUUCAAUUCAAUUCACCAUUUACAAUGUAUCUUAGCUUCAUUAACACCUCCAGUCUUAUUUGACUUAUGACUUGCUUCAAAUUUACUUGAUGCUGCCAAUUAAGCGCCGAUGUUUUUUUCAUGUUUCUACGUGUAUUUUAAAAUUUGUUCUCCUAGUCAUUUUUAAUAUUCUAGACCUUCCUAUAUACCUGAUAUUUUU